AUGGAACAGCUCCAGAUAUUCCAUCAGCAGUGGUGCCGCAAAUCCAUCCGAGACCUAACAGCUCUUUACCAAGAUGCUGAGAAGGGAAUCCAUGCUGAGCAUCCCCUAUAUGGCCUCUACAACAAGGUGAUGGAGCUGGCCCUAUACUACAUCUUCCCCUCUCAGGGCUCCUUUGGAUUGUAUUCACAACGACCAUUGGACCCCCAAGAGACCAGAGCUAUCCGAAGAAGCACCAAGAAAGAGAAAAUGACUAUUCCAGACUUUAUUCUGUUCUGGAUUGAAGGAGUUCAGCCACAACAGUGCCUAAUGCUGAUUGAGAUUAAGAGACACCCGAAUGGUUGGUUUUCCCCUCCAGACAUCUUCGAAAAAUUUGAUGAUAGGUUCAUAGCCACCGUGAUGUAUGAAGGGCUGGAAGAACACAUGGGGGAUGAUUUUUUGGUGGAGGUACCAGCUCACCUUCGCCAAAUCAUCAUUCAAGUAUUCGUGGGAUUUCAUACCUAUCCCCAACAAGAAAUAAUCCAUCACACCCUGAUCAUUGGGGCAUUCUUUGCUCUGUUUGAGUUUAGACGCCCAGCAGUUCUGCCACCAUUUCCAACCUUCCUGAAAUGCAUCCUAACAUGUCUUCCAUCGGACAUACACAUCUGGAGCAAUGACGAUGGUCCGGCUCAACUAGGCAGUGAGGCUGUUACUUCGUUCGCUUCAGAACAAGAAGCCAUAGUGAAGGGGGAAGAUUUACUUGACCUGUUUUACCCUUCCGACGAUUCUAGUGAUGAGAUGGUUGUAUCGGAGGACUCCAAGGACUCCGAGGCUGCAGACCCAUCUUAUGUACCUGAGGACAGCAUUCCAUUUAAUGCUGUUAUGAAUGUAGCAGGGCAGGAUUGA